AUGGGGCAGAGAAAUCACCGGGGGCUGCCUUCUUUGAUCACCCCACUCAUCCAGUGGUGGGCUGAUAACCCUCCCGUCAAGGACGCGAUGGAUGCCGUUCUACGAAACUUCAAGUUGAUCCCCUGCCCGACAGGGGACAGCUGCACCAAGUCGAAUUGCCCAUGGCAACACACCCGGGAUCAGGACUCUCCAACAACUCAGGCAACUCAGACAACUCAGGCAGAGGGCGGAGGCCAGGACGGAGGCCAGGACGGAGACGGGCCACGAAAGCGUCGAAAGGUCUCGUCCGAGCCUGCGCCUACCCCAACGCAGCCUACCUCGACGCAGCCAGAGCCAGAGCCUUCCUCGGCCAGACAACCAGUUUCACCUCCGCCCCUGAAACGAAAGGUGCCUUUGCUCCCAGGCCAGCCAGCUCCCCCAGCUCACCCAGCGCCGGUGACAAAACCAGCUGAACCAGCACCUGGGUCUGCGGUAUCUUCCACAUCGACAACAAAGGCUCACCAAAGCGCCACGUCUCAAAAGGUCACACCCCAGCACAAUACGCCACAGAAGGUCACACCCAGGAAGCCUGAAACCCUGAACCCCCGUCACCUGAAGUCGGCAGCUCCAGCGGCCCAUGACUUUCGAUAUAGGGCCCUCAAGGUUCUUCAUGACCAGUUCCACAAACUCAACGAAGAGCUGAAAAAAGACGCCAAAGACGACGAGAAGAUGCUCGUUCUCUCGGCUCAGGAGCUCAUCUGGUUAGCCCUCGAUGAGGAACAGAAAAUGGCAACGGAAAAACCGUCUAUCUACCAAAACGUUAUUAAAAAUCGCAUCAUGGUCUAUAAGCGGAUGACCCCGGGCCAGUGGAGGGACGAACGCGUUGCCGAGCGUAAGAAGAAGCAAGCCCCGGCAACUCCCGGAUCGAAAACAUCCAAGAAGCCGGCCCUUGGCCCUCCCAAGGUCGUUGAGACGGGCCUCACUCGCCAGCAAGAGGUCGACUUUCUCACCCACCUAGUCACGCCGAUCGAUAAGCUCACUCAGUGUGGCUAUGUUCCGACCGCCCCGAGCGAUGAGGAGGUCGCCAAGGCACGUGAAGGAGAAGAGGCUUCACUGGGCUACGAAUCUUGCGACCGCUGCAGGACUAAUUUCCAAGUAUUUCCCGGCCGUCGUGAGGAAGACGGAGCUCUAACGUCGGGAGGCAAAUGCCUCCAUCACCCAGGCCGGGUAUACUACCCGGAGCGGACCAUGGGCGACUUUGACAAACCCGCUAGGCGGUACCGGUGCUGCCACCAGGUGGUGGGCGAGUCGGCGGGCUGCGUGAGUGGCGGCACCCACGUCUUCAAGACAACGUCUCCAGCGCGCCUGGCGUCCCUUAUCCCCUUUGCCGAGACGCCACCGAACCCGCUGGCGCCCAAAGAUCGCGCCGUCUGCUUCGACUGCGAGAUGGGCUACACUGUCCGCGGAAUGGAGCUGAUCCGUCUAACAGCUACGAGCUGGCCCGACGGAAAGGAACUACUUGAUGUUCUCGUCCGGCCCGUCGGCGAGAUCCUCGAUCUCAACUCGAGAUUCUCUGGCGUGUGGCCCGAGGACAUUGUCAACGCCGAGCCGUGGUCAGCCGAGAAAAGCGCCCAGAAUCAAACACAAAAACAGGAAGGUGAGGAGGAGGGUGCGGGCGCAGUCCAAGAAGCGGACCCGAAAGCGAGAAAGAAGAUGCAGAUCGUCUCGUCGCCCAUCGUAGCACGCGACCUGCUCUUCUCGCUCAUCGCACCCGACACCCCUCUCAUCGGCCACGGCCUAGAAAACGACCUCAACGCAGCCCGCAUCAUCCACCCGACCCUGAUCGACUCCAUCUUGCUGUACCCCCACCGCCGGGGCCUGCCCAUGCGCAACGGCCUCAAGAUGCUCAUGGAGACGCAGCUCAACAAGGCCAUCCAGGUCGAAGUCGAGGGCAAGGCCAUGGGGCAUGACAGCGCCGAGGACGCCCGCGCCGCCGGCGAGCUGGUGCGCCUCAAGGUGCAGGAGAAGUGGAGUGCCAUGAAGGGCCAGGGCUGGCGGCUGGUGGAUGGGCAGUUUGUGCCGCCUAAGGGGGCCAAGGGGACCAAGGAGGGAGUGCUGAGUGAGGCGUUUAUCGAGGGGCGGUAG